AUGCAUGCCCUGCAGCACCUGAUGCAGAGAGAGCAGGACCAUGGAUGGGGCACUGAAUUUGAAGUCCUGAUAUAUGUCUAUUGGCUUGCCCAUGGACUUUCCUACCGUGUGGUGUCACGAGUUUUCAGUGUGCCCAAAUCCACUGUUCACAGAAUUAUUCACAAGGUGGCACAGUUCAUUUGGGACAAUCUACAUAGAGCCAUCAUCUUUCCGAAGCCUGCAUACCUGGACACUGUGGGUGAUGGAUUUGCCCAGUGUUCUGGAACGCCCGUCCUCAACAAAGCUGUAGGUGCUAUUGAUGGCUGUCACAUAAGAAUCAAGCCCCCAUCAGUUCAUCGCCUGGACUAUUUAAAUUACAAAGGGUUUUACUCCAUAAACAUGCAAGCCAUCUGCGACUCUGCUGGAAAGUUCCUGGAUAUUUUUGUAGGCUAUCCAGGUUCUGUACACGACACACGCAUUUUGAAAAACAGUUACUUUUAUCUGGCCAGAAAUUAUCCACCCAAUGGAUACUUUAUCCUGGGAGAUGGCGGAUAUCCUUGUUUGGAGACACCAAUCUGCCUCAUCACUCCAUAUAGGGAACCUGUGAAUGGCCCAGUGCAAAGGAAAUUUAAUUACCACCAAUCAAGGGCACGUUCCAUUGUAGAGAGGGCCUUUGGCGUUAUGAAGACUCGUUGGAGGUCCACACUUUUCAGGGCCCUGGAGGUCAGUCCUACAUUUGCACCCCAGGUCAUAGCAUCCUGUGCUUUCCUGCACAAUGUUUGCAUUGACAAUGGAGAUGUCCUGGAACCAGACAAUGAUGUGACAGUGGACAUCCUGGACCCAGAACCUCACCUACAAGAAGCUCCUGAGGCACAUGAAACACCAGGAAAUGCCACAAGGGACAGACUUGCGGCCUUGAUCAGCGCACAAGACCCUCAUUAG